CUCUCUCUCUCCCUCCCUUUGCAUGUGUUCAGCUGCUCCAGCUGUCGGUCUCCCCACUCACUCUCUCAGGGUCAUACAGGCAGGAGUUUAAGGGACCACUUCUGUACGCCAGCUCAGCCGGGAGCAACGACCGCUUCCAGCAGAAGGACACAUCGGUCAGCGGGACACUUGGACUCAGACAGAAGCCCCGACGGAAAAACAUUCAUCCAUCCCACGUCUCGGCUGCCCUGUACACCACAAAGUCUCCUCUUCAAGGCACUGCUACCUGUCUGAAAGCUGUGUGUGUGUGUGUGUGUGUGUGUGUUUGUGUUUGUGUGUGUGUGUGUGUGUGUGUGUGUGUUUGUGUGUGUGUGUGAGUGAGUGUGUUUGUUUGUGUGCAUGUUGUACGUGUGUUCAUGUCCUUGUCUCCCACCAAUUAAUGCAUUAGUAUGCAGGGUGCUGGUGUGUCAAACUUGUGCGUGUGCAUAUGUGUGUCUGUGCUCCUCCGCAGUGCUAUUUCACAGCCACCUACAGAAAGUGACACCUACACGGAAUGCACAGAUGGGUAUCACUGGGACCCUCAGACUGAGCACUGCAAAGACAUAAACGAGUGUGCGACCAUUCCUGAUGCCUGCAAAGGGGAAAUGAAGUGCUUCAACCACUAUGGCGGGUACCUGUGCCUCCCUCGCUCUGCGUCAGUCAUCCCAGCUCCAGAGCCCCCCAUUGCGCCCACCGAGCCCUUUAACCCCUGCCCUCUGGGCUACGAGCCGCAGGGAGACAGCUGUGUGGAUGUCGAUGAGUGUGAGCGAGAUGAACACGACUGCCAGCCCAGCCAGCAGUGUAUCAACACACUGGGCGCCUUCACUUGCCAGUGUCCGGAUGGUUACCGCAAGGUUGGCACAGAGUGUAUCGACAUCGAUGAGUGCAGGUACAGAUACUGCCAACAUCGCUGCGUCAACGUCCCCGGUUCCUUCUCCUGUCAAUGUGAACCUGGUUUCCAGCUGGCAGGAAACAACCGAUCUUGCAUUGAUGUGAAUGAAUGUGACAUGGGUGCCCCCUGCUCUCAGAGGUGUUACAACACAUACGGCACCUUCCUCUGUCGCUGCGACCUGGGCUACGAGCUGGGGCCUGAUGGCUUUGCUUGCAAUGACAUUGACGAGUGCAGCUACUCCAGCUACCAGUGCCAGUACCAGUGUGUCAAUGAACCAGGAAAGUUCUCCUGCGUGUGCCCUGAAGGGUACCAGCUGCUGGGAACCAGACUGUGCCAGGAUAUAAAUGAAUGUGAAACAGGUGAACAUCAGUGUACUGAGACGCAGACGUGCGUGAAUAUCCACGGAAGAUACCAGUGUGUGGACAGCAACCGAUGCCAAGACCCGUACAUCCAGGUGUCUGAGAAUCGCUGUGUGUGUCCCGUCAGCAAGCCCGCCUGUAGAGAUCUACCUUUCUCCAUCGUCCACCGCUACAUGACCAUCACCUCGGAGCGCUCGGUCCCCUCCGACAUCUUCCAGAUCCAAGCCACCAGCGUCUCUCCGGGGGCUUACAACACCUUCCGCAUCCGCUCCGGUGACGAGAACGGAGACUUUUACAUCAGGCAAAUCAAUAAUAUCAGUGCCAUGCUGGUGCUGGCCCGUGCUGUGUCGGGGCCCAGAGAGUACACGUUGGACCUGGAGAUGGUGUCAGUUAACCCUCUGCUCAGCUUCCAUGGCAGCUCCGCCCUCAGACUCUCCAUCUACGUUGGGCCUUACACUUUUUAAAGAGGAAGAAGAAGAAGAAGAAGAAGAAGACAACUGGAGGAACACAGAGAAAAGAUGGAGAGAAAGAGCUGGGGAGAAGCACAGAUGCAAAAAAAGAAAAAAAGAAGUGGUGGAUGCAGUUCAACCAGUCACUGUGAUGUUACACUCUUUGCUUUUUUACUUGUCCGAAGAAAACCACACAUUUUUUUGUCAGCCCACAAUAUUACGUGUAGGAAUAUACAUACAGUAUACAGUGUACAGUAUACGUGUAGCAGUAUUAGCAUUAACAUGUUCCCUCUGUCAGUUUUUUUCCAGUUUCUCAAUUAUUUUUUACUGCACUUUUCUCUGACAGCGUCAUCCUGUCGUCAAGUGUGUGUACAAAAAAAGGGGGAUUUCUUUUCUCCACACUUGUUCAGGGUGAUAACAGAUCUGUGUCGUCUGCAAUCAGCUGGAGUGAUUCACGCCCAGCGUCACUAGAUUAAUCCACGUUCACCAGUUUACAUCCUCAUCUUCAGUUCCACUCCGUUUGUCACUUUACUCUCGUUUUCCUUUUUCACAGACCAGUAACCACUCAUAUCAGACGUCAGCAUCCACACUCCUCCCUCCCCCUCCACUGUUCUGUCCUAUGUUCAAGCUCUCCAUAAUUGCCGUUUGGCAGAUUGUCACGUGUUGUACUUUUUUUUCUAAGAUUAAAAUUUGAACCCAAAUAAAACAAUAUACCUUUA